CGUGCCACCAACCGACGCGCUGCUUGCUACCGGAUACACACGACUGUAAAAAAAGAAAACAUGCGGGAAUGCAUAUCAAUUCACAUUGGGCAGGCGGGCGUGCAGAUGGGAAACGCCUGCUGGGAGCUCUACUGUCUGGAGCACGGCAUCCAUCCGGACGGGCAAAUGCCCAGUGACACCACCGUGGGCUACGGGGACGAUUCCUUUAACGCGUUCUUCUCCGAGACUGGCUCGGGCAAGCAUGUCCCGCGCGCCGUUCUGGUUGAUCUCGAGCCGACGGUGGUAGACGAAGUUCGCUCGGGCACUUACAAACAACUGUUCCACCCGGAGCAAAUGAUCACCGGGAAGGAGGACGCGGCUAAUAAUUAUGCCAGGGGCCACUAUACAAUAGGGAAAGAGAUCAUAGAUCUCACGUUGGACAGAAUACGCAGGCUGACGGAGCAAUGCAAGGGCCUGCAAGGCUUCCUGAUCUUCCAUUCGUUCGGCGGUGGCACAGGAUCCGGAUUCUCGAGUCUGCUUAUGGAACAACUGUCCGCGGACUAUCCUAAGAAGAGCAAACUUACUUUCAGCAUUUAUCCUGCGCCCCAGGUGUCGACCGCAGUAGUGGAACCUUACAACGCGAUCCUGUACACUCAUCCGACGCUAGAGCACAGCGAGGUGGCUUUCAUCGUAGAUAAUCAGGCCAUUUACGAGUUGUGUAGGAGGAACUUGAAUAUCGAUCGACCGACCUACACGAAUCUAAAUCGGCUAAUUGGACAAAUGGUUUCAUCCAUCACCGCCAGUUUACGAUUCGACGGGGCUUUAAAUGUCGACCUCACGGAAUUCCAGACGAAUCUCGUGCCUUACCCGCGCAUUCAUUUCCCGUUGGCCACCUACGCACCUGUCCUGUCGGCGGAGAGGGCUGGUCACGAGACGCUGACGAUCUCGGAGAUAACGAGCUCUUGUUUCGAGCCGAAUCAUCAGAUGGUGAAUUGCGAUCCGCGUAUGGGGAAGUACAUGGCGGUCUGCCUGCUGUACAGGGGCGACGUGGUGCCGAAGGACGUGAACGCGGCGAUCGCAACGAUCAAACGGCAGAAGCACGUGCAGUUCGUCGAGUGGUGUCCGACGGGGUUCAAGGUGGGAAUAAACUAUCAACCACCCACAGUCGUACCAGGUGGGGAUCUCGCGCGGGUGGAAAGAGCAGUGUGCUGCCUCUGCAACACAACGGCGAUCGUCGACGCCUGGGCUCGACUCGACCACAAGUUCGAUCUCAUGUACGCCAAGCGAGCUUUCGUGCACUGGUUCGUCGGGGAAGGUAUGGAGGAAGGUGAAUUCUCGGAGGCGAGGGAAGAUUUAGCCGCCUUGGAGCUCGAUUACCGUGAGGUGCAAGAGGACGCUGUCAAUACCGAAGAAGAGGAAGAAUACUGAUUGAAUAUGCUGUUACCAUGUCGAUUUAAUAAUCGUGUAUGUCGUAAUAUGUUCUGAUAAAUGCGAACUCUUUAGUUUACCUCUCACUAUUGUAUACAUUGUU